GGAACUAUCUUUUUCUAAUUAGCAGUGACGUUCGGGUACAAUACCCCUGUUUUGAAACCCCAAUGUGACAGAACUCAUCAAGGAUACUCAGCAAAACCAACCAUACAGCUGGACUGGUUGCUACAGGCACUUAGUUCACGCACUGUGAAUUCAGACACCAUUUGGGCAAUUUAAGUGUAUGGACAGUGGAGAAUUCCAGUUUAAGAAGAAACCUGUUCUGAAGUUGCUGUGAUUUUCGUUCUCUCUCUGCUCACAAUGGCAGAAACCUUUGGGUUCAUGACAUCUCGUGAACCCCAUCCCCAGAAUCUUAUGGCGAAGGCUCUCUACGACAACAAGGCAGAGACACCUGAUGAGCUUGCGUUCCGUAAGGGUGAAAUACUAACGGUGAUAGAACAGAACAUCAAGGGGGACGAAGGUUGGUGGCGGUGCUCCCUGCAUGGCCGGCAAGGCAUUGUACCCGGAAAUCGCCUGCAACUGCUCACUGGAUUGCAGUAUGACAGCCCAUCCCUGUACUCCACUAACUGCUCGGCACUGCGCAGGCCGCCUCAGCAAGAUAUUUACCAGAUACCAACGAUGCAGCAUCAUAGCUCACUGUCUGGGCUGGGAGACAAUGACUACCAGGUACCAUCAAGACCUCAGUCUUAUGGUCCGCAUUAUCAAAUGCCAGGGUCACCUGGCGAGUGCUGUUGGGACAGAGGACAGGCACCUCCACAACAGGCGCUUACACUUCCCAGAAUGGGCCAUGCAUACAACGUGAACUCCAGGUCAGCAUCAUUUGCAGAUGUGUAUGAUAUCCCAACAUCCCACUUUUCCAGAAUGCAGGACAGCCAGAUGCCUGGUAGUCCUGUGGUGGUCAGAAAGUAUUCCAUGUUCCAAACGGAGGGAGAGAGAAAACUAAUCCAGCAGCUGUAUGACACUCCAUUGAGUUUCGAGAAGACCGGAGCUGCAAAAGAUGGCCAGGUGUACGAUGUGCCCCCACGGAUGUUCCCGAAUGGAGAGCCCGGUCCCUACCCCGGUCUGGGGUCGGUGGGCAGGGAGAUGCCCGGAUUCGGCAAGCUGCAAUGGGAUGGGAAGCAGGAGUGGAGAGCCCAGAAGCAGGCGGUGUACGACGUGCCGGUGUGCCACGAGGAGGUGGCAAGACCGCAGACGCCCAGCCGGCCACAAACGCUGUCCUCCAGGCAGGCACUGUACGACAUACCAAACCCAGGGGGUAGCCGGCUGUAUGGCAGCCCGCCAGCGCAAGAUGGCCCCGACCUCUACGAUGUGCCCACUGGCCUCCCGAAGCUGGGGGCUGCUCCACCCAGAUCCCAGGCCAUCUAUGACCUGCCAAGAGGAAUCCCACCCGACAAGAGGGACCCGGCCGCUGCUGGGCCCGUCUACGACAUCCCACUUCCGGUGGACCAGUUGGGGCGGGACGGCCAGGGGCCGGAACGUUGGCACAGCACGCUCGCUGCCUCUCCGGACUCGCCUGCCCCUCCGGCCGCACCCGGGCAUGCGGCCACCUCUCCAGCCUCGUCCAAGAGCCCGGCUGCCUCUCCAACCAUGCCGCAGAAUCCUGCCACACCUCUGACCAUAUCCCAUCGUCCACGUCCGUCUCCAGCUCCGGCUACGCCCCCGCGUCCAAAUUCCUCUUCGGCCGUCCCCCACCUUCCGACCGCAGCGCCGGCAGUGCCCCAGCGCCCGGCCUCCUUCCCGGCCUCGACCCAGUGCCAGACCUCCGUCCCACCUGAACUGCAGUCACCGUCCCCCACCACGCAUGGCCCUCCCACUAAGGAGAUCCGGUUGGGCGCGGAGGAGGCAGCCAGCACCCUGACCCAGCUGCAGCAGCGGGUGUCAGAGUCGGUGGCUGCCAUCAUGGUGUUCGUAAGCCGAGAGUGGCGCAGGCGGGACCUCCUGCAGGAGCACCUGGCGCAGGUGGAGGUGGCGGCCGAUGGUGUGCUGAGCACCCUGGCCGACUUCCUGGGCUUUGUUCGGGGGGUGCGGGUCAACGCCGGCCGGCUGACUGACGCCAACCUGCACGGCCGCCUCUGCAAGCAGCUGGGGGAGGUGGAGGAGUCGCACCGGACGCUGCUGGAGGCCGGCCAGCAGCUGACUGCCUGCGGGUGGGCGCUGGACGCCCUCGUGGUCAGCAGCCCCCUGGCCACUCCCGACCACCUCGACUGCUUUGUAAAUGUCGCCCGCACUGUGCCCGACGACGUGAAGCGCCUGGUCUCCAUCAUCAUUGCCAAUGGCAAACUGCUCUUCCCCCUGUGUCGGCAAGGAAACACCGAGGACUUGCCACGUCCGCAGAGGAAGCCCAACCUGGGCCUCUUCAGGUACAAAGCACCGGUGCCCACACCACCCUGCAGGGAGCAGAAAGCGAAGCCCAGCCCUCAAAGCCAGGCAGAAGAUCCUGACUACGCCCAGUUACAGAAGAAGGAAGAAUUUGAAAGGCAGGAGAAGGAAAAGGAGAAUAUCCGGCAGAGAGAGAAGGAGAGUUUCAAACAGAAAAAGCUCCAACUAGAGCGACAGAUGUCGGAAGUGAAGAUUCGAAGGCCUGGGGAUGUCUGUGUUAAGCCAAGUCCAGAAGUGAUCCAGUCUUCAUUCCCCAGCUUUGAGUUAUGCAGAACAUACUUAAGUGCCCUGCAGAAAGCCAUCACGUCCUUCAUUGACACCAUCAAUGGGAAGCAGCCAGCUGAGGUUUUGAUCAAAAACAGCAAGGUUGUAAUAAGGAUCGGCCAGAAACUGGUGGACACCUUGUGCCAGGACACUGGGCAAAAGAACAUUCACAAAGAGGUGCUCAGCAGAAGCAAUCAGUUCUGUGGCUGCAUGAAGAAGUUUGCCAUGGCAACCAAGAACGCAGUGAUGCAGCCGAACCCGACCGCGGUGCGGGAAAUGAAAGAGCAGGUGGUGGAACUGCGCCAUCAGGCCGAUCAGCUCAGGUUCUUCUUAGAACGGAAUGCUGCCUCAUAACGGGGCAAAAUGAAACAAGGGAGGGCUUCCUGUGCAGAAGUCUGCUUCAGAAAUAUGCCCUUGCUGUGAAUGAGACCAUGUACCCUGUCUCUUGUUGUUUUAUUCCAACCAGCUUUUAUUUUCAGAAGAUCAACUGUGGUGAAGAUGAAAAUAACCUCCUUUAUCAUUAACCUCAUAAACUCACAGUGUUAUUUCAGUGUUGAAUGGUUCUUGUGUGCCUUGCAGUAAUGUUAAAGAAAAUUAACUCUUUGUUCAGCCUAGUGAAGUACAUAUGGACGUUUAUUAGAAAGGAGGAUGAGAUUUGUUUCAAGGUUGGAACAUCAUCUCUGUGCAUCAGUCGUCUAUUGUAUCUUAUUGUAACUUGUAAUAUCACAUUCAGAUGGUUCCGUCCUCACCACUCCAAUAAUGUGUGUCAGUUUCAACUGUUGUAAUUAUUACAGAAAAUAAAUUACAUAACAAAGGUCUAAAAUCUAGGCUACCUUUAGCAAACAAAUUCUCAGCUCAGUACCUUGGUUACAGAUUUCUAAUUCCAGAAAUACAAUUCUGUAAUUCGCAUCAUUAAGGAAAUAAUGCUAAGUUCUAGCUGCAGAGGGGCAAUACACAACAGAAGACCAUAAGGCAAAGGAUUAGGCCAUUUGGCCCAGCAAGUCUGUUCUGCCAUUCUAUCAUGCCUGAUUUACUAUUCCUCUCAACCCACUCUCCCUGUAACCUUUGACACCCUGACUAGCCAAGAAUGUAUCAACCUCUGCUUUAAACAUACACAGUGACUUGGCUUCCAUAGCUGGACAAUGCAAUGAAUUCCACAGAUUUGUCACCUCCUGACUAAAGAAAUUUCUUCUCAUUUCUGUUCUAGAUGGAUGUCCCUCUAUUCUGAGGCUGUGCCCUCUGGCCCUAGACUCAGCCACGAUAGGAAACAUCCUCUCCACAUCCACUCUAUCUAGGCCUUUCAAAAUUUGAUAAGUUUCAAUACUUAUUCCCACCCCCCCCCCAUUUCCUUAAACUACUGCAAGUAUAGGCCCAGAGCCAUCAACCGCUUCUCAUAUCCCUUUCAUAUCUCAUCAACCCUUUCAUCUCCGGAAUUAUUCCUCUGGACCCUCUCCAAUGCCAAUCUUUUCUCAGAUAAGGAGCACAAAACUGUUCACAAUACUCCAAGUGUGGUCUGACCAAUGCCUUAUAAAACCUCAACAUCAUAUCCUUGAUCCAGUCCGGCCCUUCGAGCUGCUGUACUCAGCAAUCUCCUGAUUUAAUCCUACCUGAACUCAGGACAAUUUACAAUGACCAAUUAACCUGCUAACUGUUAUGACUUUGGAUUGUGGGAGGAGUUUGGAAGAAACCCAUGCAGUCACAGGAAAAGUGUGCACACUCUUUAUAGGCAGCAGCAGGAAUUGAACCCAGGUCACUGAUAUUGUAAAGUGUUGUGCUAAUGCCUUUACUACCAUACUGCCCCAAAAUAGUUUAUGCCUUUCUUCUGUCUACCAAAGAGCACGGCCAUAUACUUCCCUACACUAUAUUCUAUCUGCCACUUCAUUGCCAAUUCUCUCAACCUGUCCAAGUCAUCCUGCAGACUCCCAGCUUCCUCAACACUACCUGCGCCUCCAUCUGACUUUGUAUCAUCUGCAAACUUGACCACUAGGACAUAAAUUCUGUCAAACAAACUGUUGACCUAUUAUGUGAAAAGAAGAGGUCCCAAUACUGACCCCUGAAGAACACCACUAGUCACUGACAGCCAACCAGAAAAUGCCCCCGUUAUUCCUACUCUUUGCCUCCUGCCAAUCAGCUAAUCUAUCCAUGCUAGUGUCUUUUCUGUAAGCCCAUAGGUUUUUAUCUUGUUAAGCAGCCUCAUGUGAUGCACCUUGACAAAGGCCUUUUGACAAUCCAGUAAACAACAUCCUCCAACUUUCCGUUGUCUAUUCUGCCUGUUAUUUCCUCAAACAACUCCGACAGAUUUGUCAGGCAAGAUUUCUUCUUUUAAAAACUAUGCUGACUUUGGCCUAUUUUAUCAUAUGCCUCCAAGUACUUCAAAACCUCACCCUUAAUAAUGGACUCCAACAUUGUUCCAACCACUGAGGUCAGGUUAACUGGCCUAUAAUUUCCUUUCUUCUGCCUCAUUCUCUUCUAAAGAAUGGAGUGAUAUUUGCAACUAUCCAGUCCUCUGGAACCAUUCAAAACUCUAGUGAUUCUUGAAAAAUCAUUACUAAUGCCUCCACAGUUUCUUCAGUGACCUCUUUCAGAACUCUGGGGUGUAGUCCAUCUGGUCCAGGUGACUUAUCUCCCUUCAGACCUUCAGCUUCUCAAGCACCUUCUUCUCAGUAAUAACAACUACAGUCAUUUCUGCCCCCAGACACUCUCAAAUUUCUGGUAUACUGCUAGUGUUUUCCACAGUGGAGACUGACGCAAAAUACAUAUUAAGUUCAUCUGCCUGUUCUUUGUUUCUCAUUACUACCUCUCCAGCGUCAUUUUCCAGCGGUCCAAAAUCGACUCUCACCUCCCUGUAACUCUUUAUAUAUCUGAAAAAUCUUUUGGUAUCCUCUUUGAUAUCUCUGGCUAACUUAUCUAUUGCUCCUCUCUCUCCUCAUGUUGUUUUUAGUUGCCCUCUGUUGGUUUUUAAAAGCUUCCCAAUCCUCUAAUUCCCCACUAAUUUUGCUGCACUAUAUGCCUUCUGUUUUGCUCAUAUUCCAUCUUUGACUUCCCUUAUCAUCUAUGUUUGUCGCAUCCUCCAUUUAGAAUAUUUCUUCAGCUUUGGGAUGUCUCUAUCCUGCUCCUUACAAAUGGCCCCCAGAAACUCCAGCCAUUGCUGUUCUGCCAUCAUCUCUACUAGUGUUUCCUUUCAAACAACUUCGGCCAGCUCCUCUCCCAUGCCUCUGUAAUUCCUUUUACUCUGCUGUAUUACUGAUACAUCUGCUUUUAUCUUCCCCCUCUCAAAAUGCAGGGCAAAUUCUAUCACAUUAUAUUCAUUGUCUCCUAGGGGUUCCUCUAUCUUAAGCUCUCUGAUCAAAUCUGGUUCAUCACUCAACACCCAAUCCAGAAUUGCCUUUCCCCUUGUGGGCUCAACAACAACCUGCUCAAAAAAACCAACUCUUAGGCAUUCUACAAAUUCCCUCUCUUGGGAUCGAGCACCAACCUGAUUUUCCCAAUCUACCUGCAAAUAGAAAUCCCCCAUGAAUAUUAUAACAUUGCCCAUUUAACAUGACUUUUUAACAUCCCAUUGUAAUUUAUUACCCACAUUGUAGCUACUGAUUGGAGACCAGAGUGUAACUCUCGCCCGAAUCUUUGUACUCUUGCAGUUUCUUUACUCUACCCCCAAGGAUUCUUUUUUUUCUCUAUUUUUUUGGGAGGAGUUUAGCAAACAGAUAAUAUAAAAGAUGUAUAAACAGCAAUAAUAAAAACAGAAAGUAUAUAAUGUCAAAAUCAAAUAGGUAAAAUAUUACGCUGUUAUAUAUACAAUGGUCAAAAGAAAACUACAACUCCUCAUAGCAAUCAUAAAAAAAGAUUGGAAAUUUUAUUUGAUAAAGGGAAAAAAACCCACUAACUAAACUGCAGUAAGAAAAAGAGAAAGAAAAAAAAAGAAAAAGAAAGAUUGGGCUGUCCAAUUGAGGAUAAAAUUUUAAAAAAGAGAGAAGAAACAUCCUUCCAGUCAUCUCCGAACCUUCACAGAUAAAGAUUUUCCCCAAAAGAGAAUAAAGAUAGAUAGAUAGAUAAAUAAAUAAAUAGAUUGAUUUGAUCAUAUGAAAAUAUUGAAUAAAGGGUCAGCAGACUUGUUCAAUAUUAAAGGAUUGUAUCAAAUGUCUGGCUUCUAAUUUUCUCCAGGCUUAGACAUGACACAAUGGAGGAGAGCCAAUAGAAAACAGAAGGUGGGUUAGAUUCUUUCCAGUGUAGCAAAAUAGCUCUCCUAGCCAGUAAAGUUGAAAAAGCUAUCACAUGUGGAGCGGAAGCAGACACUUUGCUUACUUCCUCUGGAAUUAUCCCAAAAAUUGCUGUAAACAAAAAAAGGAUUCUACAUCUUCUGAUCCUAUAUCACCUUUCUCCAAGAAUUUGAUUUCAUUUUUUACCAACAGAGCCACAACACCCACCCCUGUAUACCUGCCUGUCCUUUCGAUACAAGGUGUAUCCUUGGAUGUUAAGCUCCCAACCUUGAUCUUCUUUCUGUCACGUCUCUGUGUUGCUUACAACAUCAUACCUGCCAAUCUCUAACCACGCCACAAGAUCAUCUGCCUUAUUCCACCACCUAGUGGUUAAGGCUUUGGGCUGGUGAUCAGAAGGUCGUUAGUUUGAGCCUCGGCCGAGGCACCGUGUGUGUCCUUGAGUAAGGCACUUAACCACACACUGCUCGGUACAUUUAUAGCCCAUUGGCAGCGGUUUGUGCAGUAUGGACAAGACAAGGCAUACUGUCUUCUGUCCUAUACUCAGCACCCUUUUCAAUAUUGCCCCGGGUUACACUUCACCUUGUCCCACUGCCUGCAAUUUUGCCCCGUUACCUCUCUGUCGAUCCUUACAGUCUCAUUAACCACUGCAUCAACUUGUAAACCAACUGCCCCAUCCUCAGCCCUAUCACUUCAGUUCCCAUUGCUUAGGGGAAACACUUCAGUUCCCACCAGCUUAGGGGAAACACUCCUUAAUAGCUCGAGCAAACCUUCCCACAAGGAUAUUGGUCCUCCUCAAGUUCAGGUGUAACCCAUCCUUUUUAUAAGGCUCAUACCUACCUCAGAAGAGAUCCCAUUGAUUCAUAAACCUAAAACCCUGCCCCUUGCACCACUUCUUCAAGCCAGUCAUUCAUCUAUACCAUCUUCCUACUCCUUCCCUGAUUAGCACGCAGCACUAAUAAUCCAGGGAUUACUACCUUGGAUUUCCUGCACCUCGGCCUUUUCCCAAACUCCCUAUACUCACUGCACAGGACCUUCCUACCUAUGUCAUUGGUGCCAAUGUGCACGAUGAGCUCUGGCUGUUCACUGACCUUCUUGAGAAUCUUCUGCUGCCACCCUGAGGCAUCCUAGACCCUGGUACCUCAGAGGCAUCAUGCCAUCCUGGCUUCUCUUUUACAGCCUCAGAAUCUCCUGUGUGUCCUCCUAACUAUCGAGUCUCCUAUCAUUAAUGCUCUGCCUGAUUUUACCCUUCCCUGUUGCACCUCAGAACCAAUUAGUACCAAGACUCCUGACCCCUCCCCCUUUAGAAUGCUGUGGACCCAGUUUGAGAUAUCCCUGACCCUGGCACCUGGGAGGCUACAUACCAUCUGGGUGUCUCUAUCAUGUCCACAGAGUCUUGUGUCUACUCCUCUAACUAUGGACUUCCCUGUCUCUACUGUAGCCCUCUUCUCUCCCCUUCUCUUCUGGGCCACAACACCAGAAUCAGUGCCAGAGGCCCGGUCACUGUCCCCCCCCCCCAAGUAGGUCAUCCCCCUCAACAUAUUCCAAAGCAAUAUUCUUAUUAUUGAGCAGAAUGCCCACAGGGGUACUCUGCACUUGCUGCCCAUUUCCUUUCCCUCUCCUGACUGUCACCCAAGUACCUGUCUCCUGUAUCUUAGGGGAGGCUACCUCCUUGUACCUCCUAUCUUUCAUCUCCUCAGUUUUCCAUUGAGCUGAAGGUCAUCAAGCUGCAGCUCUGUGGAACUGAUGCAGGUGUGGUGAUCUGGGAGGCUGGAGGUCUCCCAGAAUCACUACAUUUCACACAAUGAACAUGACACAACCCCGGAAGCCAUUCCCACUGCACUAAGAAUGCAGAAGAAGAAAUUCAACUUGCCCAAGCCUGUUGAGCCCAAGCCUCUGCACUCUAAUACUGGUCCAUUUGUAGAACGGCUGCCCUGCUUGUCCUUAUUUUUAUUUGCCAUCGCUACUGAAUUGUGAUUCAAUGGGGCCUCUGGAAAAGGCCCGAGAACACUUCUUUUUAAACCUCUCGCCCUGUCCUGUGUGUAGCUUCCUCUCUCAAUUCGAUUGGGCUGCCUAGAGAGAGUAGAAAGCCAGCUGACCCCUGAACUCAUUGAUUAUCAUACCUUGUAUAAUUCUUACCUGGUGUUUUUCCUUAGCUUGCCAUGGGUUUGUCUAAUUUGAGGUAUACACUAAGUGCUAGAAGCAGAGAUAGGUCCAGGUUCGAUCAGAAACCUGUGGGGUGUGAAUGGAAAAAUAAAUGUCAUGCCUCUGUGAAAAUGGAGGAGUAGAGACAAAGAAUGCAUAUUCUUAACCACUCCUUUAAAAUAUCCUUGCUUGCUUGGGUGACACCUGAUUAACUUAUUUACAGAUACAGCACAGUAAAAGGCUGUUCAAGACUAACCAGUCUGCACUGCUCAAUUACACACAUGUGACCAAUUAACCUACCACCCUAUACAUCUUUGGAAUGUGGGAGGAAACCGGAGCACCCGGAGGAAAUCCACAUGGUCACAAGGAGACCAUUCACACUCCUGACAGACUGCUGGCACUGCAAUAGCAUCAUGAUAGCAAGUUCAGUUAUGAUGCAUAUCGUUGUUAAAUAUCUGGCCAACAUGCUUCAUCUAGAUUCACAUGAAGAAUUUCAGUGCAAUCUCCACUUGAGGGAAGUUGGGAGAUAGAUGGGGAAAAGGGAUAUCAACUUGCUUAUAUCACUUAAAUACACAACACAGGAUAAGGGAAAAGUAGCUCCAUGAUGUCUAGGUAAGAUACAAGCUGAAGUUACAGAUACUCCUGUUUCGGUUUCCCUAAAACUGAAAUACUCCAGGCAAUACUGGAAGCUUGAAGUUGACCAGCGAUGUAAGGGGAUUUCACCAAAGCACACUGCAAAAUACUGUUCAAAGAUUCCUGCAUAAAAUUAGAAUAGUUCAAAGAAUAUAUUAAUUCCUGUACAAGCUGCACAUGAAAUAACUCAGUGUAACAGUAAUAAUUAAAAAGUUCACUUUGAAAAUGUGCAGUUUAAAAAAAAUAGAUCUUUUCAACAGUGAUUUUUGAAAAAAAUGACCAGUCACAUUCCUGACCACUGACCAGUCAGCUUUUAAUAAGCUCCCAUAUGAGGAGUUCAGGACUUUGUGCCUGUGAGAGUGAAAUAUAUGAAUGGCUUAGUUUGGGAGUCUUCAAUGACAAGAAGGCUAGACAAAGAGAAAAAGAAGUAGAUGUAAGAUUUAGGAAGCUGAAACUGGAUAAGGGGCUUCAAUGAAAUAACUUAAGGAAUUAGGAGAGCUAAAAAGGGUCAUGAAAUAUCCUUGGCACUUAGGAUUAAGGAAAAUUCCAAUGUGCUGUAUACAUAACUUAAGGAGUAAGAGAGUAGAAAAGGGUAGUACCAAAGAUGAUACAGGAGGGAAUUUACGUAUGGAGCCAGAAAAAACAGGCAAGGUUCACACUUGUAUUCACUAAGGAGAAGUAUGUGCUUGAUGAUGAGAUUUAGGUUUAUAUUCAAAGGCAUGUCAAUUCUAGAAAGAGGAGGCAUUAGGUGUAUUGAAAAAGAAUCAUUAAAGUGGAUGGAAUCUAUUUCAGGAGACUAACAGAGGCAAGAGAGGAGAGCAUUGAUAAGGUUGAGUCUUUUUCCAGGAUCGGAAAUGUCGACUGCUAGAGAACACAGCUUUCAUGCAAGAGUGGGAUGCUCAAAGGUGAUUUGCAAAGCAAACUUUUUACAUGGAGAACGUUAGGUACCUGGAUGAGGAGGUGGUGGAAGCAAAUGCAAUAGCAAAGCUUUUAGACAGGGACACGAAGAGUUUGCACAUUCUUCCAACGGCCACAUGGGUUUUUCUCCAGGUGCCCAGUUUCCUUCCACAUUGCAGAGUUGUGUGAGUUGGUGGGCUAGCUGGCCCGUACAGGUGGGGAGUUAGGAGUGAAUAGGAACAACUAGAACAGAAUAGGAUCUGUGUGAACAGGUAGUUGAGGGCUAAUACAGACUCAAUGGGCCCAAUGUGUCAGUGCUUAAUCAACGUGCCUCUCCACAUUGGGCAGAAAACGCUCAUGUUAGUGAGGCUGUAAUUUUUAUUUUGCAAGAGGCUUUGAGAACAGCCUUUAAUCUUUUCCCCCAUCCAUCUGGUAAUUGCAAGUCUGAGCUCUGUCAAGGGAAGAGUGUUGGAUCGGACAUAUGAAUGACUUGGCCUGCCUACUGGAGCUCAGUGAGUGGAAAUACUGUAGGUCCUCUUUGCAGGGUUUAUUUAUUUAGAGAACAGGUCCUUCUAGGCCAACAAGCUGCAGUGCCAGCAGCUCACCUAUUUAACACCAGCCUAAUCACAGGACACUUCACAAUGAGCAAUUAACCAAAUAACCAGUACAGUCGACCCUCACUAAUCCGACUACCUGUAUUCCGGUUCCUUCGAUAAUCCGGCACUGAUUUCAAAUUUUCUGUGCAACUAUAAUUUCAAAUUUCCUGGGCCAAGGGAGGCCUCAGGAGAAAGAAAGGAGGGGGGCCUCCCGUCCCAUGAUCCUUUCCCUUCUCCAGCUCUGUAUCACUUUCGCCAAUCAUCUUUCCAGCUCUUAGCUUCAUUCCACCCCCUCCGGUCUUCUCCUAUCAUUUCGCAUUUCCCCCUCCCCCCACUACUUUCAAAUCUCUUACUAUCUUUCCUUUCGGUUAGUCCUGAUGAAGGGUCUCGGCCCAAAACGUCGACAUCGCUUCUCCCUAUAGAUGCUGCCUAGCCUGCUGUGUUCCACCAGCAUUUUGUGUGUGUUGUUGUGAGGAUUCCCUCAGUAACUGCGAUGAAGAGGGAAGAGCCCAGUGCCGAAUCCCCGGCUGACUGGCAGUCGUGUGAAAUGUGGUGUAUAGAAGACCUCCUUUCUCCGACUUCUGCUUCUGCUUUCCCAGAUGUGUUGCCACCAACAUCAACAGUUUUUGAAGAAACUGUUGUGCCAGUUUCAGCACCAGUUGCUGGUGCUUCACUCGUUUUUCAAAAUGAAGAUGUUGAUGAUCUUGACAACCCCACACUUGCAGACAUGUAACUUUGCCUGAAGGUAUAUUAAACAUCUCACUUUAGAAGCGGAAGUGUUCAACUGUUCUGUAUAAGUUAAUUCCUGUACAUUUACCUGUACCUUUUAUUUUACCUGUGCCUGUACAGUAUAUUACUUUAUUAAAAUUUCACUUACUACUCA